AGUGAGUGGAGAGGCAGAGUAGGAUUUGAAUGUGUCCCAGCCUUUGUAAUGCUACAGACAGAAGUGUGAAACAACUGGUAGUUCCAGAAAAUCAGCUGCAAUCGGAGUAUAGACCUCUGCUGGAUGUCUUGCUUUCUUUCAGUUGGUAGAAGAACAAGAAGACACAAAAAUGGAGAACAGAAGAAAAGUGCUUGUUGUUGCAAUAAUUUUCACAGUUGCCUGCAACAAAGUGACCGCACAGGAAACAAGGCUACUGGAUUUUCUAAAUAACACAAAUGUUGUAGAUGACCAGUACAAAGGAUGUGGUGAAGAGGCCAUGAAGAGGUUCAUCGAGUCAGACGUGUUAAAACGAGAGCUAAAUAACAGUGAAGGAUUUCAGAAAGCGUGGAAUAAAAGUAUCGAGUGUUCAAAACAGAUUCCAGGAGGAAGAAAAGAGCAUACUGCUGCACUUUCAGUCUAUGUUAAUGGGGAUCACAAUUUAUUACAAAGACUGAACAAAGCAAUAGAGACAAUGGGUGGAAAUGUUAGCAUCUAUGAAAACCGCUUCCACUUCAAGUCUCUUCAUUUCCUGCUGAUGGACUCCAUGAGGCUGCUGAAGCCAAAGGAGUGCAAGAACGUUUAUGUUCUGCUAAGUGGUCAAAACCAACCACAGAAAGGCUCCACAGUGAGAUUUCCAAGUUUCACCUCAGCUUAUUCAGAUUAUGAAAAGCUAAAAAGUGAAACUGAUCUGUAUGAGGAGGUCGUUUUAAAUCUCACUUCUUGUUUCUUUGUCAACCUGAAAGACUAUGUGUGCGGUCAAGGACAGGAUGAAAUACUCUUAUCUCCAGCAGAAGUUUUCACUGUGGAGGACAUAAAUAGCAAAGUUGUGGAGGCAGAUGAUGAUUCUCAAUAUGUAGAAAUUGUUUUGAAACAUUCGGGGCUUAAAAGCUCUCACAACUGCUACAUCUUUUCACGGUCUCCUCCAGCUGUUGUCUCCACCCUGUGGCUUGUAUCAGUGCUUUUGGCCUUAUCUUUGUUUUGUUUUUUAGGUGUUUAGCAAAAACAGUUAUCAUUCAGAGUUUUCUGGGUUUUAUCAUCUAUAAUGUUGCUGCAAUUAUUCAUACAAUGUCAAAAUGAUUCA